AUGCCGUCUGACGCAAAGAAAAGGGCUCAACAGAAGAAGAAGGAACAGGCGAGCAACAGGAACAAGAAGCCCGUGGCCAGAGUGACAAAUGACGAGAAUGGUUCUACUAACGGCAGUAAGGAAGAGCGAGAGCUCACCGCAGAAGAGGCGCUGUGUCUUAAACUUGAAGAGGAGGCCAAGAUGAACUCAGAAGCGCGAUCAUGUACUGGUUCGCUUGCUGUACAUCCGAGGUCUAGAGACAUCAAGAUAGCCAACUUCUCCAUCACCUUCUAUGGAAGUGAACUGCUGCAAGACACCCUUCUCGAGUUGAAUUGUGGUCGACGAUAUGGUCUCGUGGGAUUGAAUGGAUGUGGCAAGUCGUCGUUGCUGGCUGUGCUAGGUCGUCGCGAGGUGACUAUACCCGCGCAUAUUGACAUUUUCCACCUGACGAGGGAGAUGCCCGCCUCCGAUAAGUCUGCACUUCAGUGUGUCAUGGAAGUCGACGAGGAGAGGAUCCAGUUGGAGAAGCUCGCCGAAGAGUUGGCGCAGUGCGAGGAUGAUGACGCUCAGGAACAGUUAAUGGACGUGUACGAUCGACUGGAGGACCUGAGCGCCGACACGGCAGAAGCGCGCGCAGCUAACAUUCUUCACGGUCUUGGUUUCACCAAGGAAAUGCAACAGAAGGCAACAAAGGACUUCUCUGGAGGUUGGCGUAUGCGUAUCGCGCUGGCACGUGCGCUGUACGUGAAGCCUCAUCUUCUGUUGCUGGACGAGCCCACCAACCAUUUGGACCUCGACGCCUGCGUGUGGCUUGAGGAAGAACUCAAACACUACAAACGCAUCCUCGUGCUGAUAUCUCACUCGCAGGACUUCUUGAACGGCGUGUGCACUAACAUCAUUCAUAUGAGCAAACGCCGACUCAAGUACUAUACGGGCAACUAUGAAGCCUUCGUCAGGACUCGUAUGGAACUGCUGGAGAACCAGAUGAAGCAGUACAACUGGGAGCAGGACCAGAUCGCUCAUAUGAAGAACUAUAUUGCGCGGUUUGGUCACGGUUCCGCCAAGUUAGCCAGACAAGCUCAGUCCAAGGAGAAGACACUGGCUAAGAUGGUGGCCCAGGGAUUGACGGAGAAAGUUAUUGAUGACAAGAUCCUUAACUUCUACUUCCCAUCGUGCGGGAAGGUGCCACCCCCUGUUAUUAUGGUGCAGAACGUAUCAUUCCGGUAUACUGAUUCUGGCCCAUGGAUUUACAAGAACUUGGAGUUCGGUAUCGACCUCGAUACACGUCUCGCACUUGUAGGGCCCAAUGGAGCUGGCAAGUCCACGCUCCUUAAAUUGUUGUACGGAGACCUGGUCCCGUCCACUGGUAUGAUCCGUAAGAACUCUCACUUGCGUAUCGGUCGUUACCACCAGCAUCUGCACGAGUUGCUGGACCUAGACCUGUCACCGCUCGACUACAUGAUGAAGGAGUUCCCUGAAGUCCGGGAACGGGAGGAAAUGCGCAAGAUCAUCGGACGAUACGGACUUACCGGACGACAACAGGUGUGUCCGAUGCGUCAGUUGUCUGACGGGCAGCGGUGCCGCGUUGUCUUCGCCUGGCUGGCGUGGCAGACACCACACCUUCUACUCCUUGACGAACCUACCAAUCAUUUGGACAUGGAGACUAUCGAUGCGCUAGCGGACGCUAUCAACGAUUUCGACGGUGGCAUGGUACUCGUUAGCCACGACUUCAGGCUUAUUAACCAGGUUGCAGAGGAAAUCUGGAUAUGCGAGAAUGGAACCGUCACGAAAUGGCAAGGUGGCAUCCUCAAAUACAAGGACCAUCUCAAAUCCAAGAUCAUGAAGGAGAAUGCAGAGAAUGCGAGCAAUGCUCGUAAAUAG